AGUGGUUAUUCCGAUCUGAAGGAACUGGUCCCACAAACAGCUUCGGCUAUGGGGUGCAAGACCACGAAUGCGGCUAUACUAUUCAGGGCUUGUGACUAUAUGCAUCAGUUAACGUCCGAGGUUAAGGCGAAUGAGAAGGAUAUACAACAACUCAAUGCUCAGAUUUCUGCAUUGGAGAUGAUUGCUUGUCAGUAUGAAGCUAUGGCUGCUGAAGCUCCUUCAACUACUACAACUUCCCUGCAAACUCGAAUGUUACAAAUCUUGCUUGAUGAUUGCUUCUCUUCAUUCGUUGAACAAGUGGAUUUUUCAUCGUAUGCAACUAUAACACGCACAUUGCUCACAUGGGUAGAACGAAUUGCAUCACAUAGCGAUCGAUUCAAGAAAACAGCUGGAGUUAUGGUUACUCUUCCAUUCACACAACGCUGA